CGCCGCUGGGCACGCGGGGGACUUUGAUUAGAACUCAAACCCGGCCCCGGGGCGCCCCCUACCGGCUCGCGAGCCGGGCCACAAAUACCACGUGCGCAGCAGCCGCCUGAGCGGGGCUCCCAGGCAGCGGCGGGCGACUUCGACAAAGAGCAAGAAUGGCAGAGAGACCUAUGUGGGAGCAAGUUGGAACAAGUUUUGUGCAUCUCUAUUACCAGCGUUUUGAUUCCAGUAGAGUAGAGCUAAGUGCUCUCUAUACAGAUGCUUCUUGCUUGUCCUGGGAAGGACAGCAGUUCCAAGGAAAAACAGCCAUCAUGGAAAAGUUGAUGAGCCUUCCAUUCCAAAAAAUCCAACACAGCAUAACAUCUCAAGAUCACCAACCAGCACCUGAUAACUGUAUACUUAGUAUGGUGGUUGGUCAGCUGAAGGUAGAUAAUGACCCAGUGAUGGGGUUCCACCAGCUGUUUGUUCUCAAGAAUAUUAGUGACAAUUGGGUUUGCACCAAUGACAUAUUUAGACUGGCCCUGUACAACUUUGCUUGAAUGUUUUUCUGUUCUCAAAUGUCUGUUUCUAUUGCCACUUUCAAAUCUGACACAAAAAUAAAUAAAUUGUUGUUUAACUUGUUCUGUGGUGGUUUAUGCAGUCUGUUAAUCAAAAGACCAUGCACU